AUGCAUGCUUCACGUAGUCAAUCACCGAUGAAACAUAGGGAAAAUUUUAAUCUGAUCAGUGUGAUGGUGGGCGAUGCUUUUGGUGUGAACAUGACCUAUGACAAACCUGAAGAUUUUGAUGGGGAAGAGUUUCCGAAUGAGGAAGCGCAAAUUUUUUAUCAGUUGUUGAAUGAAAUGAAUAUGCCAUUGUUUGAGGGGUCGUCAGACUCAAAGUUAUCAAUAUGUGUGAGAUUAUUGGCUACCAAAUCAAAUUGGAAUGUUCUUGAUCAUUGUUUGGAAUUCUUCGCAAAAAUGAUGCUCGAUUCGACUCCUACGAAAGAUAACUUGCCUACAUGUUUUUAUGAUGCAAAGAGGUUGGUGUCGAAGUUGGAUUUAGAAGUAAGAAAGAUUGGUUGUUGCAUUAGUGGUUGCAAGUUGUUUUAUGACAAUGAGUUUGUUACUAUUGGUAGAGCAUUGAAGGAAUGUAAGUUCUGUAAGAGUCCAAGAUAUAAAGUUCAUAGUAAAGCCAUUGGCCGUAAGCAAAAACGUGUAGCAGUGAAGUCCAUGUUUUAUCUUUCGAUAAUACCAAGGUUGAAAAGAAUGUUUGCUUCAAUGCACAGUGCAAGUUAA